CGGGGAAGGGCUGGUCUUGGAGGCGUGAGUAACCAGGGCAGCUCCCGCGGGCUCAGGCCCCCCCCAGUCUGCAGCUGCACCCGACCCCGCUGAGCCGCCUAUCCCCGGAGGUGCCACCAUGACCCAAUACGUGAAGCCCAGUAUCCCAUUUACUGGCGCUAUCCCUGGUGGCCUUCGUGAUAACAUGCUGGUUUUGGUGACUGGAAGCGUUCUCCAAACGGGGGACAGGUUCAGCGUGAACUUUCAGUGUGGAACUUGCCAGUCUCCUCGGGCAGAUAUUGCCUUGCACUUCAACCCACGAUUCAACAAGGGUGGCUAUGUUGUUUGCAAUUCCCUUGUAAAAGAGAGCUGGGGAAAGGAAGAGAGAAAAUAUGAAAUGCCUUUUGCUAAAGGUCAACCUUUUGAGAUUGAGAUUUUGAUGAGAAAUGAAGUAUAUAUGGUGGCUGUUAACGGGGAGCACUUUUUGGACUUUGAGUCCAGGAUUCCCCUCUCCAGAGUGGAUACAAUUACAGUGUCUGAGAACGUGGAUUUGGAGCUCAUCAGUUUUGAGGUCCUUGCAAGCCUCCCUCCUGGACCAAUGUAUGAUAUAAAUCUUGCCAUCCCAACUGCACCAUUCCAGCCUCCACAUGAUUACACUAUACCAUACUCUGUUCCAGUUUCUGGAGGAAUUUAUCCAACAAAAAACAUCAUCGUAUCAGGGACAAUUCCACCCAAUGCCACGCGAUUUCACAUCAACCUGAAGGCAGGUGAAGACAUUGCACUUCACGUGAACCCAAGGUUUGGGGAGAAAGUCAUCGUCCGCAACACCCUGCUGAACUGCUCGUGGGGGAAGGAGGAGCGCAGUCUCUCCGGCAAAAUGCCGCUCUCCCAAGGGCAGAGCUUCACAAUUUGGAUCUACUGUGAUGCCCAGUGCUUCAAGCUGGCCACAAAUGGACAACACCAGUUUGAUUACAAGUAUCGGAUUCCUAAUCUGCAGCAGAUCGAUAAGCUUGAGGUUUACGGAGAUGUUACUCUGACCCAGGUUCAAGUUUAGAGACAAGAUACUGUGCACAGCUUAAUAAGUCAUUAUGUAUCACAGUAAGACGUUACUUAAUGUUGGUGGCUAUCCAGAAAGUUUGGCAAAUCACAUUGUUAUGAAAACUUAAACCAAAUACCUGUCUUCUACUGAAAGCCUAAAAAUACUUUUUAGCCUAUGAUUUGUACAAUACAAUGUACAUCUUCAUUCAUACGUUCUGUUUAGAUCAUGUUGUUCAAUUUUUAAGAGCCUUUACAAUAUUUCUUUUACAACAAUGAAUAGUCUAGACUCUGCUUUCUCUGAAGGAGAACAAAAGCUUUUUCAAAACAACCAAUACUCACAUCUCAACAGAGGCAAAUUCAAGCAAAAAGAGAGACCGUUCAUAGCUCCGGAUGGCUACCGUAUAACACUCAAUUGCAUUUUAACCUUAAAACCCAAAGGAACCAUUUUUACCAGCUUUGCUGGACAAUCCCAACUGUUCAACACUCCUCACGGUGCAGAUAUAUGUCACUUCAGUCCAGCCACGGGGCUAGAUUGGCCAAGUCCCUAGAGGAGGCACCAGACAGCAACCCACAACACAGAUCAGAACACAAACAGCCAGCUCAGCUGAGAUCUUGGAAGAGCUUGACACAACACAUCACAUUUCCACCCUCCCAGAAGACAGCCUGCUCCUGCCCGCGAAAGGCAGCGGUUCAGGCCCGUGCCUCCAGGCCUAACCCUGGCUACCCAGCACCAUUACUGGGGCAGGCCAGCCUCCUGCCCACCCAGACCUCCCUGCAUUUCAGAGCACACAUUCAGAGAGGAGACACUCUACACAGCUAUAAUACAACACACCAAUAAAAAAAAAAAAAAAAAAAGAAAAAAAAGCCUCUCUCCUACCUGACUGCGCACUGCCAUCCUCAUCCCAGAGCUCCUCCAUCCACGAGCCUUGCAGCCACACUGCACCCCACGGUCCAGCCUCCUCGCUGCCAGCUGGUUCCCAUCACCCUGCCUGGCCGUGGCUGAUCAGGCACACCUGGCUGACACAGGUGCCCUGAGCUGGGCUUCCCUCCCAGGCAGGCUGCACGGCCAGCAAGGGGGAAGUGCAGCCCAGCCUGGGCAGCUACUACAGCUGGAGGCACUUAAGGUUACCCCACUUGUUACCCUAUGGCAAGGCUUGAACUGUUGUUGGCUCUCAGCUAUGCAGUAACAUGCUAAUGUACCAUAUCCACCUAUCAUUGCAUUUUCUAGCUAGCAAUAGCUUAAUUCCUUCCAAUAAAAUUUUGUGGCACUUCUGGAAUGUAUGAAUAUUGCUACU